AUCCAGCACCUACAGGCAUAUGCCUGAAUCGAACUGCUGUUUCUACAAUACACGUUAGUAACUAUUGUGUUCUGUUCGAAGUGGCAGGCAUACCGACGGCAUGGCCGGGUGGUCUGGUUUCCGUUGUUUAAGAUUCUAUAAGAAAUAGUUUAAAUAGAAGAAGCAGAUAUGUUUGGAAUCGAUCUUGGAACCUCGUGCAUCAGGUUGGCUCAGUACGAAAGAGCCGGUAUCAGCUCGGUGGAUAUCACACGUCCUGAUGGCGAAGGGGGUGACGAAGAGGAUGACGCCAUAGUGAAAGUCAGGGGAGAUGCUGUGUUCAUUGGAGAUAAUAUACGUUGUCCAGUGUUCUCAGCUGACAAUACACUUGAAUGUGGAGCCUUAUGCCUAAUAGGACGUAGAUACAACGACUCUGUAAGGGCUGCCUCCGAACACUGGCCAUUUCCAGUGAUAAACGUGAAUGGAAAACCCCACAUACGGUGUAUGGUGAACGGACAGCCUGUAGACGUCAAGCCUCAAACGGUACUGACCGGAAUCUUCAGGCAGGUUAAAAGGGCUGCCGCGAAAAUAAGAAAACAGAGGCCACAAUUUGUAAUCGCUAUCCCAGGAACCUACACCUAUGCUCAUAAACGAGAGAUACUCAGCGCAGCCAACGAUGCCAAUAUGACCGUCGAGUGCCUAGUGAGCCACACCACUGCAGGGGCCGUAAAUAGAGUUUCAGAGCAUUCAUCUCUAAGUGAGCUUUCGGAAACGUGUAUUUUCAUUGACCUGGGAGCAGGAUCCCUCACUAUAUCUGCAAUCAGAACGGAGAAAGGCCACAUAAAAAUAUUGUCGACUGUAGGAGAGAGCCACUGGGGAGGAAGUGAUAUCACUAAAUCUCUUAUCUCUUAUUGUUGCGAGUUUUAUAAAAGAACGACGAAUAGAGAUUUGAGCGAGAAAAACGUACAGAUGUUAGUAACAGAGUGUGAACGAGCUAAGCUUACUUUAAAUGCUACAAGAGAUAGUAGUGUCGACAUCACGUUACCUCCUCCAUUGAAAACGUGCAGGCUCACGUGGAGUACGAUUACAGAGAGGAAUAGUGACCGGUUAAGAAAUGUAUCUAACCUUUUGACUAGGUGCAUGGAGGAGGCGAAUAUCGACCCGAAUAAGGGACCUGAACUCAGAGUUGUCCUGAUUGGCGGAUCUACCCGGCUACGAGGCAUUGAAGAUAUCGUUUACAAGGUUAUCACCCGAAAUCAUUCCAUAGAAGAUUUGUCCGACAAAAGAAACAUUGUCGCGUUUGGAGCUGCUAUAAUUUGUAACUAUCUGGUUAAUGCGUUCAGCAGACUGAGGUUUGCUGGUGUUGUAAUAGAAGAGAUAAUUCCAACGCUUGCGGUGCGGAGUCGUAACGGAGAAAUGUCCGCGAUGAUCGCCUCGCGAUCCGUACCCAUUUUAUCGGAAAAUGCGUUGAGCGCGACUCGCAUCUUCAACAUUGGAGGAAGCGAAGCUUGUGACGUUUAUGUAAAAGUGUACGAGCUUGAGAGAUCGUAUGCGAACAGGUACGUUAAUGUCGGAAUGACUCUACUUUCCGUACCCGAGUGUCAUAAUGAUCGCGCCAUUAUAGUUUCGUUCCAAAUUAACAAAAAUACAUUUACUGUCAACGCGAUUGAAAUUGAGUCGAACGAGAGUAAUGAAAGUGAUAUUUUAGAGAGUGAAGGAUUAAGCGAAGAAUCGCAAGCUUCGGAUGUACAAGAGCUGAUACCCAUCAAUGCAGAACUAUGUAUCCAGUCCAUUCCACGCAGAACGGUUCAAGGGUAUAAAGUACCUGAAACCCGAAGCGCAGAUAGUAGCCCGGAACCUCCUCAGGCAGUGCCUCGUCAUGUUCCUAAAAAGAGUAGCAAAAAUCGAGCAUCACAUAGUAGUGCGAUGGGAGGAAAGUUCACAGAGUAAGUCACAAUUACUUUCCCUAUUUCAAGAAAAAAGUGCAGAAAGAAGUUCGGAACCUCGUGAAGCAGUGACUCGUAAUAUUCCUAAAAAGACAAGCAGGAAACAAGUAGCGGGUAGCAGUACGAUGGGGGAAAGUUCACGCAGUACUGUUCAACAACCACUUCCCUUUCCUGAAGAACAAAGAGC